GCGAUCGCUGGGCUCAGGCCCGGCAGCAGGAAGUGACUCGCAGCCGCUGCGGGGACUCUGGCUCCAGGCUCCUGGCGAGAUCCCCGAGCCCCGGCGGCUGGUGCUGGGAGCCCGGAGCCCGGAGCCCGGGCUGCAGCCGGGAGAGGGGAAUCUCCAGCAGGGCCCUUCCCGCUGCUCCCCAGGAGCCUCUCCCAGGGCAGAGCCCCCAGCCCGGCCAGGCCCCUUCCCGGCCCGGCCCCUGCCCCAGGGGGCCCCGCUCGGAGGGAAGGCUGAGGAAUCACGUCCACGUUUUGCUCCAGAUGGGCCCAUCUUCCAGGAGACAGGGAAGGGAAAUGUCUGUGAUGGAGCCAGCUCCGAUGCCGGUGACCUUCGAGGAGGUGGCUGUGUAUUUCACCCAGGGGCAGGGGGCUCUCCUGGACCCUGCUCAGAGAGCCCUCUACAGGAACGUCAUGCAGGAGAACUACGAGACGGUGACCUCGCUGGGAUUCCCCCUUCCCAAACCUGAGCUGAUCGCCCGGCUGGAACGAGGGGAAGAGCCAUGGGUUUCUGAUCUCCAAGUCUGCGAGGAAAGAAGGCUUCUGAGAAGCACCCGUACAGCAGGUGCUGAGCGAGGGAGUGAGAAUGAGGCGGGGAAUCAUCAUGAGGAAGUUCCUGGGGAAGUGGAACCGCAGGGGACCUUCUUGGGAAGAGCUGAAGGAAAUUUUUCCCAGUGCUUGGAGCAGGCAGAAGCCUUGGGAAGUUGGCACAGGUCAGAGAGGCUUCUGGGACACCUCCCAGGGAAGAAAGUGGAUGAAUCUGUUAACGGUGGGGGAGGAGAGGAGGAUCCCACAGCGCCGCAGACAAAUCCCAAGAAAGAGACACCCUGGCACUACCUUCAGUCUCUCGAGUGCGGGAAAUGUUUCAUAUCAAAGACACAAAUAAUUAGACAUCAGUUAAGCCACACAGGGGAGAGACCCCACAACUGCUUGGACUGUGGAAAAAGUUUCAUAAGAAAGUCAAACCUUGUUAAACAUCAGGCAUUACAAACAGGAGAGAGACCCCACAAGUGCUUGGACUGUGGGAAAAGUUUCAUACAGAGGUCACACCUAGUUCGCCAUCAGGCAUUACACACAGGAGCGAGACCCCACAAGUGCUUGGACUGUGGGAAAAGUUUCAUAAGAAGGUCACACCUUGUUAAACAUCAGGCAAUCCACACAGGAGAAAAACCCCACAAGUGCUUGGACUGUGGGAAAAGUUUCAUACAGAGGUCACACCUAGUUCGCCAUCAGGCAUUACACACAGGAGAGAGACCCCACAAGUGCUUGGACUGUGGGAAAAGUUUCAUAGAGCGGUCAGACCUUGUUAAACAUCAGGCAAUCCACACAGGAGAAAAACCCCACAAGUGCUUGGACUGUGGGAAAAGUUUCAUACAGAGGUCAGACCUUGUUAAACAUCAGGCAAUCCACACAGGAGAAAAACCCCACAAGUGCUUGGACUGUGGGAAAAGUUUCAUAGAGCGGUCAGACCUUGUUAAACAUCAGGCAAUCCACACAGGAGAAAAACCCCACAAGUGCUUGGACUGUGGGAAAAGUUUCAUACAGAGGUCAGACCUUGUUAAACAUCAGGCAUUACACACAGGAGAGAGACCCCACAAGUGCUUGGACUGUGGGAAAAGUUUCAUACAGAGGUCACGCCUAUUUCGUCAUCAGGCAUUACACACAGGAGAGAGACCCCACAAGUGCUUGGACUGUGGGAAAAGUUUCAUAGAGCGGUCAGACCUUGUUAAACAUCAGGCAAUCCACACAGGAGAAAGACCCCACAAGUGCUUGGACUGUGGGAAAAGUUUCAUAAGAAGGUCAGACCUUGUUCAACAUCAGGCAAUCCACACAGGAGAAAGACCCCACAAGUGCUUGGACUGUGGGAAAAGUUUCAUAAGAAGGUCAAACCUUGUUCAACAUCAGGCAAUCCAUACAGGAGAGAGAUCCCACAAGUGCUUGGACUGCGGAAAGUGUUUCAUAUGGAGGUCUGACCUUAUUAAACAUGGAAGAAUCCACACAGGAUCUAAACUUCUGUGACACGUGGCAAGAAAGGUUUAAGCAACUUGCAUGUAAUUGACUCAGGGUCAACGUUUAGAGAGAGAUUUUAAAAGUGUGUCCACCUUAGAUAGCUAGAGAUUGAAAUGUAAAUGUGUAUUUUCAAAGACUUGGAAGAAGAGGGCAAGUCAUGUCUGAGUAACCUAAUUGCCUUCUAUGACGAGAUAACUGGCUCUGUGGAUGAGGGAAAAGCAGUGGAUGUGUUAUUCCUUGAUUUUAGCAAAGCUUUUAUAUGAUCUCCUACAGAAUUCUUGCCAGCAAGUUAAAGAAGUGUGGCCUGGAUGAAUGGGCCAUAAAGUGGAUAGAAAGCUGGGUAGAUCGACUGGCUCAACUGGUAGUGACCAAUGGCUCCAUGUCUAGUUGGCAGCCGGUAUCAAGAGGAAUGCCCCAAGGGUCGAUCCUGGGGCCGGUUUUGUUCAGUAUCUUCAUUAAUGAUCUGGAGGAUGAUGUGGACUGCACCCUCAGCAAGUUUGCCGAUGACACUAAACUGGGAGAACUG